AUGCCACCCAAGCGAGUCUUCAAGCCAAUCCGACCAAACACCAACACCAACAGCAGCAGCAUCCAACCACCAGGCCCAGCUCACAUCCAACCAGAUCUCAGCCAGCAACCGGAACAGCCGCCCCCACCGAUCCUACUAGAAGAACUAGAGAGCUUGCUCAACCAAACUCACCCAGAACAUGAUACCAAGCCAGAUAUCUCUCACAUCAACACUCAAGAGAACAACAAAGCACCACUCUUCAAAACCUCAUCCCCCGAACCUCCCCCACAAGCUCAGAAGAACCUACCGGCACCCAAUAUUAAUCUCAAGAAACCUCCAAAGAACCCCCUCAUCAACCCAGCAAAGAAACCCUCGUCUCGCCCCAAACACCAGCCUGAAUCGAAUGUGGAUAACGAGACAUGGCUCUCAAAGCGUCUCACUGAUCCAGUCAAAACAGUCGAGGACAAGUGGCAACUCUUGCCAGCAUUCCUAAAAGUCAAAGGAUUAGUCAAGCAGCAUAUCGACUCAUUCAACUAUUUUGUGGACGUCGACCUCAAGGCAAUCCUCCGGGCAAACGCCACAGUAAUCUCAGACGUAGACCCGAACUUCCACCUCUCCUAUCUGGAUAUCAACGUGGGCGAACCAUCCAGACUCGAUACCGGCUCGGCGACCAACAAACGGAUUACCCCACACGAAUGUCGAUUACGCGAUAUCACCUACUCCGCCCCCAUCUCGGUCACCAUCCAAUACACCAAGGGUAACAAGCGCGUCCUCAGUAAGGGAAUCCCGAUCGGAAGGAUCCCGAUCAUGUUGCGCAGUAACAAAUGCGUCCUCACCGGCAAGUCGGAUGCCGAACUUGCCAAGAUGACCGAGUGUCCAUUGGACCCCGGCGGAUACUUCGUCGUCAAAGGUACCGAGAAAGUCAUCCUCGUCCAGGAACAGUUGAGUAAGAACAGAAUCCUCAUCGAGACUGACUCUCGAAAAGGUACUAUCAUGGCUAGUGUCACAAGUUCAACUCACGAGAGAAAAUCGAAGACUUAUGUGGUCACCAAAAACUCCAAAAUUUACCUCAAGCACAAUUCAAUCCAAGAAGAGAUCCCGAUCGCGAUUGCACUCAAGGCAUACGGGAUCACCUCCGAUCGAGAGGUAGUCCAAAUAGUCUGUGGGAACAACGACGACUACCGAGCCGCCUUCUCGAUCUGUAUGGAGCAUUGUCACGAGGCGGGGGUCUUCACGCAGAAACAAGCCUUGGCAUACAUCGGCAAGAGCGUCAAGAUAAUCAAGAAGGGCCCUGUCGCCGGCCCUAAGAGGCCGCUCACCGAAGAGGCUCUCGAGGUCCUCUCCACCGUUGUCUUGGCUCACGUCCCCGCUGAUAAUCUCAACUUGCAACCCAAGGCUAUCUACUUGGCCGUCAUGGCUAGAAGAGUCGUACAAGCUAUGGCCAACCCGAAAUUGGUUGAUGACCGAGAUUAUGUAGGUAACAAGCGUCUAGAAUUGGCUGGCCAAUUGUUAUCAUUAUUAUUCGAAGAUUUAUUCAAGAAAUUCAAUACGGAUCUCAAGUUGAACAUCGAUAAAGUGUUAAAGAAGCCUAACCGGACGACGGAGUUUGAUGCAAUCAAUCAAUUCAGGAUGCAUGCCGAUCACAUAUCGAAUGGAUUUAUCCGAGCGAUUUCGACGGGUAAUUGGUCUAUUAAGCGAUUCAAAAUGGAGCGAGCGGGGAUAACGCAUGUGUUGAGUCGACUGAGUUAUAUCUCUGCGCUAGGAAUGAUGACGAGAAUCUCGAGUCAGUUUGAGAAAACGCGCAAGGUUAGUGGUCCUCGAGCGCUUCAACCAAGUCAAUGGGGGAUGUUAUGUCCCAGUGACACACCCGAGGGAGAGGCCUGUGGGCUUGUCAAGAACCUGGCGCUCAUGACUCAUAUUACCACCGACACAGACGAGGAGCCAAUCUGGAAUGUGGCCUACACGAUUGGCUGCGAAGAUAUCAGUAGCGUCACCGGCACUGAGCUCUACCUACCCCGCCAUUACAUCGUCUUCAUUAAUGGUAACAUCUUGGGACUCACCCGGUCCCCCGAGCGAUUUGUUGAAGUCUUUAGACAGUUCAGACGGGCCGGUAAGAUCUCCGAGUUCGUUAGUAUCUACAUGAACGCCGACCAGCAAACCGUGAACAUUGCGACCGAUGGGGGAAGGAUCUGUCGGCCGAUGAUCAUCGUCAGCCGUGGAGAUUCGAUGGUCAAGACCCAUCACAUCGAGAAGCUCAAGGCCGGACAAAUGAGCUUUGACGAUUUCCUAUCUCAAGGCUUGAUCGAAUACCUGGACUGUAACGAGGAGAACGACUCGUUUAUUGCGCUCUACGAGGAGGACAUUGACGGUUAUACGACCCAUCUCGAAAUCGAACCGUUCACUUUACUUGGGGCCGUUGCUGGCUUGAUCCCAUACCCUCACCAUAACCAGUCCCCUCGAAACACCUACCAAUGUGCCAUGGGUAAACAAGCGAUUGGAGUGAUUGCGUACAACCAGUUGCACCGGAUCGACACUUUACUCUACCUGAUGGUCUAUCCUCAUCAUCCGAUGGUCAGGACAAAAACGAUCGAGCUGGUCGGCUACGACAAGUUACCGGCCGGACAAAAUGCUACGGUAGCUGUGAUGUCCUAUUCAGGAUACGAUAUCGAAGAUGCCUUGAUUCUGAACAAAGCCUCCUUGGACCGGGGCUUUGGAAGAUGUCAGGUGUUCCGGAAGGCCACGGCGAUGAUCAAGCGGUACCCGAAUGGGACGUAUGAUCGGAUAGCUGAUCCCCCUCGCGAUGCGGAGGGACAGGUACUCGAGAAAUGGAAGCCGUGCGACGAUGGUGGAGUGGCCGAUGUGGGCAUGAAGGUCUACAACGGAAAUGUCUACAUCAACAAACAGUCGCCCUCGAACGCCAAUGAUAACUCGGUCGGCAGCGGAGCGGCAACGGUGACGUCGUGGUCGAAUACGCCGAUGACCUAUCGAGGCACGGUGCCGAGCUACAUUGAUAAGGUCAUGGUCACCGACACCGAGAGCGACCAGACCUUAGUAAAAGUCUUGCUGAGACAGACUCGUCGGCCCGAGCUCGGAGACAAGUUCUCGUCGCGUCACGGACAGAAGGGAGUCUGUGGACUGAUCGUCCAACAGGAAGAUAUGCCCUUCAACGACCGGGGUACCUGUCCGGACAUCAUCAUGAACCCCCACGGUUUCCCCUCCCGAAUGACCGUCGGAAAAAUGCUCGAACUCUUGAGUGGAAAAGCCGGCGUGCUCCGUGGAACGGUCGAAUACGGUACCGCGUUUGGCGGCAGUAAGGCCGUCGAAAUGUCCAAGAUCUUGAUCGAACACGGCUACAGCUACCUCGGUAAAGAUUAUCUUACUUCUGGUAUCACCGGUCAACCCUUGGAACAUUAUGUCUUUAUGGGCCCUAUUUAUUAUCAAAAAUUGAAGCACAUGGUGUUAGAUAAAAUGCAUGCAAGAGCCCGAGGGCCGCGGGCGGUAUUAACUCGACAGCCCACGGAAGGACGAUCGAGAGAUGGAGGGCUGCGGUUAGGAGAGAUGGAGCGUGAUUGUCUGAUUGCCCAUGGAGCUUCUCAAUUGUUAUUGGAACGAUUGAUGUUGAGUUCGGAUUCAUUCGAAUUGGACGUUUGUCAAGACUGUGGAUUCAUGGGCUAUAAUGGCUGGUGCGUUCGCUGUAAAAACGGCAAUUCAGUCACCAAGAUCACGAUUCCAUAUGCCUGCAAACUAUUAUUCCAGGAGUUAAUGGCUAUGAAUAUCGCACCUAGAUUAGUUCUAGAGGAUGCGAUUAAAUGA